AAGCGUUUUAUUAAGGGGCUAAGGCAGUACGGCAAGAACUUCUUCAGGAUCCGAAAGGAGUUGCUUCCCAAUAAGGAGACCGGAGAACUAAUCACCUUCUAUUACUAUUGGAAGAAAACCCCUGAAGCAGCGAGUUCUCGAGCCCACCGUAGGCAUCGGAGACAGGCUGUGUUUCGGAGAAUUAAAACUCGAACUGCUUCCACUCCCGUCAACACUCCCUCCAGGCCCCCCUCCAGUGAAUUCUUGGACUUGAGCUCGGCCAGUGAAGAUGACUUUGACAGCGAGGACAGCGAGCAGGAACUGAAGGGCUACGCCUGUCGGCACUGCUUCACCACCACCUCCAAGGACUGGCACCACGGUGGACGAGAGAACAUCUUACUGUGCACCGAUUGUCGCAUUCACUUCAAAAAGUACGGAGAGCUGCCACCCAUUGAGAAGCCCGUGGACCCUCCACCCUUUAUGUUUAAGCCUGUCAAAGAGGAAGAUGAUGGACUUAGUGGAAAGCAUAGCAUGAGGACAAGGAGGAGUCGAGGCUCGAUGUCUACACUACGUAGUGGUCGUAAGAAGCAGCCAGCCAGCCCUGAUGGUAGAGCCUCCCCCAUCAAUGAAGACAUCCGCUCCAGCGGCCGCAACUCUCCCAGCGCCGCCAGCACCUCCAGUAACGACAGCAAAGCGGAUUCAGUGAAGAAAUCAGCCAAGAAGAUAAAAGAAGAGGUAUCUUCUCCUCUCAAGAACUCCAAGAGGCAGCGGGAAAAGGCAGCUUCUGACACAGAGGAACCUGACAGGUCCAAUGCCAAAAAAUCCAAAACUCAAGAGAUCAGCAGGCCAAACUCUCCCUCGGAGGGUGAGGGCGAAGGCGAGAGCCCCAAGGACAGCGACCAGGAUAACCGGAGCACAUCACCCAGCAUCCCAAGCCCUCAAGACAAGCGAUCCCAAGGACAUCGACCAGGAUAA